GGCUGCCGGGGCCAUGCUGGGGCUUUACCUGCUCUGGGAGGUGGGGUCCGGCCCCGCUUUGGGGGGCUGGGUGGAGCCGCCGCAGGAGCUUCUGCCGGGCGCCCAGGUGAACCACAAGCCCAGAAGCCUUUCUAGCAGCCAACUGAAACGCCUGACCUCACUGGUGGAUCUCCAACGCCUUUGGAAUACUUACCUGCAACCCAUGUUGAUCGAGAGGUACUCUGGCAGCCCCGGGAACAAAAUCGUUCGGCAGUUCAUCACAGAAAGGCUGAAGAUGCUUGCUGCUUCCUGGCACGUAGAGCUGGACUCUUUCGAGGACCGCACGCCACGCGGCACCGUGGGCUUUGCCAAUGUGGUGGCCACGCUGGACCCCGCGGCCACCUGGCGCUUGGUACUGGCCUGCCACUACGAUUCUAAGUACUUUCCCCACGACAGGCACGGCCAGGCCUUCGUGGGAGCCUCAGACUCGGCAGUGCCCUGCUCAGUGCUGCUGGAGCUGGUGACGGCGCUAGACGUGGAGCUGCUGAAAGCCAAGGAGCAGGGCCUGCAGGUGACGCUGCAGCUGCUGUUCUUCGACGGGGAAGAAGCUUUCGAGGAGUGGAGCGCCACGGAUUCCCUGUACGGGUCACGUCACCUGGCCCAGCGCAUGGCGACGGCCCCACACCGCCCGGGCCUCACCCAGCUCCAUGCCAUCUCCCUCUUCGUUCUUCUGGAUCUGCUGGGGGAGCGCCAGCCCACCUUCCAGGACCAUUUCCCUGCUACAGCCAACUGGUUCCAAAGACUCCUUGGCAUUGAAAAGCGGCUGCACCGGCUGGGCCUCCUGAAAUCCCACCCCCAAGAACAGCUGUAUUUCCAGAGAGAUUCCUACUACAGCCACGUUGAAGAUGACCACGUGCCCUUCCUCCAGAAAGGUGUCCCAGUCCUUCACCUCAUUGCCACGCCCUUUCCCAAGGUCUGGCACACCAUGAAGGACACGGAGGCGAACCUUCACCCCCCCACCGUCGAGAAUCUGUGUAAGAUCCUGGCCGCUUUCCUGGCAGAAUACCUGUGGCUAUAGCUGGAAAGAACCCUUUUAAUCCGGACUUCCCUUUCCUGGGCAAAUCAUGAGACAUGGAACGGCCGCAGGAGAUGCCUGUGACGACAACGAUGCAGCCCCACCCCCUGCCCGAGAUUCAGCGCGGCACCUUUGCGGAAAGUUUGGCUUGUGAGCCAAGGGGGAUAUGUGAUAGGGGAAGAACCACAAACUCUUGUCUGGUGGUUGAGCCGUGGGUGCUGUGGCCAGCCCACCGGGAGGUCCACAGUGUCUGUCUGUCCAUCCUUCCGUCCGUCCAUGAUAACGCAGGAAGGCCAAAGGGAAUGGUUGAGUGGCGGAAGAAGUGUGGCUCGGUCUAUUCCGUGGAAGGCUGCCUUGUGUGGGUGGUCUUUGAGCACCCCCUCACCGCUGGGUGGCCUGACGUAACGCACUCCA